CAAUUGAAUCCCGAAUAUUUUUUUAAUGCUGAGGAUAUAAAUGAAAAAAUAAACGCUAUUGUUAAUAAAUUGACAGACAAAAAAAAUCCAAAUUUAAUAACGAUGAGAAUGCAAUUAAAUUUCGCGCGUUAUUAUUUGAAUAAAAAUGAAGUAAUAAAAAAAUAUCGUCAGCGUUUAGAAAAAAAAUUAUGUCCGUUGAUAAAUGAAGUUUGUGAAACAUCUCGAGUGAAUACUGACCGUGAUAUUGAGAAAAUUUAUGAAAAAAUAUUGAUUGUCAUUACGAUUAUGAGCGGAUUGGGAGAUUCGAUGACACCAGCUGUUUUAAAAGAAGCUGCAAUGGCACUGCAAAGUAUUUAUCUACCAUCAGAAGUAACUAAUUUUGUUACUUUAUCGAAAAAAGCCAAAAACAAACAACUGAUUGAAUUAAUGAGCAUUGUUGCGGGGAUUAGAUUGUUCAACAAAGAUUGUCAACGUGGUGGACAUGGAAUAGACAAUCUGCCGAGUAUUCUUCAAGAAUCACUUGAAAAAUCUUGCAAUUCGAUUCUUAAACUUCUCGAAGAUUUAAUGAGCAAAAUAUAUCGUCUGACAGCAGCGGUUGAAAAUAUACCCACUAAUUAUUUCGAUAAAAAAAAUAAAUCCAGUUGCUAUGACGAAAAAUUUUUAGACACUAAGUGGAUUAUUGGGGCACUAGUUACUUGUCGUCAACAAGAAAUUUAUGUCAGAAAAGUUUUAUCAGACCUUGAGGAAAUAAAAGCAGAAUUUAAAAUUUUAAUGGACACAUUAGAAAUGCGAUUACAUAAAUUACAUGAUACUGUAAAAUUUCGUACUGCAAUACCUAUUGUUCAAGUUUAUCCGCAAUUUAUUGAUUUGACAUCAAUAUGGGUGAAAUUACAAGAUGAAAUUAUAGUAUUGGAUAAUAUUAAUAAUUUUAUGGAAAAAUUAAAAUUAUUGAGCACUGAAAUUAAAAAAAUAUAUGAUGAAAUACAUCUAGAGAAAUUUACUAAUAAUACUGAAAUUCUUUCUGAUGCCGAAAGGCUCGAACGUUCAAUGGGAAAAUUAAUAAAUGAAUGUGGAGACUGUUUAAUUUUAUAUCCGAACACUAGUGAAAAUUUUCAAGAAAUUCAAUUAGAAUUUCAAGGAUUCUGUGCAUGGACUUUCAUCGCUGGAUACGGUGCAUUAAUACCCGGAAAUCCAAAUAUCGGUAUCGUUAAAUGGCGAGCUAGAUAUUUUGCAUUUUCUUCAGAUUAUGCUGCCAGUCAAUUUGGCAAAGAUCCUAACAGAUAUAUGUACGAAGCAUUGGAUUUCGUGAGAAAAAAUCCAGAGUAUAUUUACUUAUUUAAUCUCCAUGAAGACAUCGAAGCUCUCAAUAACAAAGAAAAAACAACGCAAGAAGAGUACUCUUUUGAAAUGAAUAAAGAUCAGUUUGUACAAACGGAUACUCAUAUUCUGGACUCAUAUAUUGACCCGGAUUACCAUCAUAGUCUUUGGGAACAUCGUCACAAGGCAUUGAAACUUGGAAAUAUAUCAAAAUGUAUGACCAAAAGUACUCAAACAUAUUUGUCAUACUUCAAACGAUCGAUGAGUAUUCAAGCCUCGCUUCAAAAAAGUACUUCAAGCCAAACACUCAAAGACAACGCGUCCAAUACACCUCAGUGUCAAAAAUUCAUUUAUGGAUUUCGCGCGCAACUCCCACAUAUUAUUCAUUAUUAUCAUUAAUUCAACAAUCAUU